AUGCUGAAUGUGGCGCGGCUUCUCCCAAGUGGCCUACGAAACGGCUAUAACUUAGCCGUGGCUGUCAGAAACAGGUUGUAUAUGAUUGAAUCAUGCUCGGAUGCUUUCGAGCAGGGAGACGCGCAUUACUAUAGUGGAGGCUUGCACUGCCUGGCUGCAAAUCGCGACGACCACUGCCUCACGGCCGCAGAUCGCAGCCGUGACCAGAAGUGGGAUUGGCGGCAAUUGCCUGAUUCCCCAGGUUUCUCUUGGAGCUGGAGCAACUGGCCACCUGAGCUCCGGUUCGAUGCACAGAGCAUCAUUGCACAUGCAGUACACCCACGUGGCCGCACCAUCUUUUUGUCCGUGGCUGCCGGUGAGUACCCAGUGGAAUCAGGCACAUACACCUACGGCACGGGGAGCGGCAGGUGGAGGCGCUGUGGUAACUGGAUGCUGCCCUUCAAAGGCCAAGGCCACUACGACUAUGAGCUGGACGCGUGGGUUGGGCUCCACCUCCCCCCUGACGAAGUCGAAACCAGUGAUGUUGCAGAUGGGCACAUUUGUGCGUGCAGUGUCACAUCUGCAGCCGCAAGCAGACUGCAGCCACCGGAGUGGAAGGUAGGCAGAGAGAAGCUCUUCCUUGAAGACACGGACUGGAGGCACAUGGACGCCAAGCUUGUUUACAUGGGUGAAGGCAGCAUGUACUGUCUCGUUGAGCGCCUGCAGGGAGAAGGGUCACUCUUGAAGAAGUAUGGACUUCGGCUGACAACGUUCAGCCUCAGGUACGGCGAGGACGGGGAGCUCCUGACUGUGGCGCACCGUCCAGCUGGCUUUUAUGAGUUUCUCAGCUGUAGUUCUGGUGAUUUUGUUGCUCAAGCUUUCUGGAUGUGA